AUCACUCGGUUGGCUUGACCUCAUUUCAACAUGAGAUGAAUGUACGACUUCCAAAUCGAAACAAAAUCAAUGUUAUAUCGCUGGUUUCUUGACUGUUUUUUAUCCCUUGGUUCCUUUUAGACGCCAAUGGAUGCGUUGUCAACAUUCUUCAAGUCGCUUGACGCAUGCGUGUGGCGCCGAUCCAACAUGGCGGCCUACUUGUUGUGUUUGACUGCAGAUGGAGGAAUUCCUCUUUUUACAAGAACUAAAGGCAAUCUACCUCAGCUACCUUUUCCUGUUAUUGGGUCACUGAAUGGAGUUCACAUGUUUGCAAAAAAUCAGGAUGUAUCCUUGCUUAAGACACUGACAGAAGAGGCAGUUGUAGUGUGGAAAUCKUUUCAUGAAAGUAUAACCCUUAUUAUUGUGUCUUCUGAUGAUAAUACUAAUGAGGAACAUUUGAAUAAAUUACUUGGUUUGAUUUUCAACUCUAUGGUGAUGUUACUUGGUAUUGAUGAAAUAACAAACACWAAGAAYACUGAACUGCUAAAACGAGAACUAAGGUGUUGCUAUGGUUUGAUUGACAGUCUGCUAGAGGGGACAGAGUUGAUUGGUGAUACAGUGCAGGCUGUUGAUGCUAUUUUGUGUUCAGAUGUAUCCAUUCUCCAGGAAGUACUGGAUGGGUUUGUAUCAGCUUUAGAUAGUGAAUUUGGUUGUCUGCUUGUCAUGGGAAAGGUUGCAGUUGCUACUGUAAGAUGGUGGGAGUUAACAGGCAUGGAGACAGUAUUACUAUCUCUUCUGAUUCAUAGCCAAGUACCAUGUUCAUCUAGAGAUCUACCUGUUUAUCUGCCUUAUGGAAGCCCAAAGGUCCCUCAUAGACUUGUUACAUUUCAGUUGUUUGAAGGCAUUGAAGUCUGUGUCAUCUGUGGUCCUUCGCCAUCGCUGCAAGACAUCGAAUACAAAUUUUUAGAUCAAUAUUGGGCACCAGUCAYGGAUACAUUGAAAACAUGCUUACGUUCACAUCCACGAAACCUUCCACCCACAAUAACCAUCGACAGUAGUAUUCUUGCGUUUAUUCUUGUUAAUACUGAAGAACGAAAGUGCCUUACAAGUGUCUAUCCCUCAGGGGUGACUACAGGAUCAGACUCAGGACCAUCUUUAUCUCCAAGCAAACGYAAGUCUGCAUUGACAGUGUUUUACAAGUCUGUUGUAGACACAUUGUUCCCUGCUGUUCAAGAUCCUACUGAAGAUAAAGAUGACUCACCAUCCUCUCCUGCAUCUCACGUCGCUAUGGAAACCUACACAUGCACUGGCGAGUAUAAGUGUUAUGCCGUGAGGACUGGUACCCACCAAUUGUUUGCAUUGUUCUCAAAAGAUAUACCGCUCUAUGUUAUGGGGCCUGUAACUACUUCAACUCUAAAGCAACUUACAAAGGAUCACCUUGUCUAGCACAACGCAUUGAAGCUCCUUACAGUGCAACAGAGCCAACAUCACAMGGUCAUGAAAGCUACUAUUUUAUUAAAAUUUCAAC